AUGACACGUGUUCAGGGUUUUUGGAUUAUCUUCCACUUAAUAACAGUCUUCCACGUGGCUAACGCACAAAUGCUCGCGCCACCGAGUCAGAACGAGUUGCAACCGGGUCAAACUCCGCCGAAGAACAAGGUCAUCGGCGUUCUCGUCACCGCCUUUUUCUUCUUCGGGUUACUAUCCGUCUUUGUACGCAACUGCAGGCAAGCUAAUCCCGAAAACUCCCCCCGCCGCGCUUACGACGGCGUUUCACGGUGGGGAGGCCUUGACGACGCGGUGGUUGAGAGCUUCCCGGUCUUCGCUUACUCCACCGUUAAGGAAUCUAAAAUCGGAUCCGGUGAUCUCGAAUGUGCGAUUUGCCUUAACGAAUUAGAGGAUCGAGAGACGGUUCGGUUACUUCCGGUUUGCAAUCAUCUCUUCCACGUUGAUUGCAUCGACGCUUGGCUUUACUCUCACGCGACUUGCCCGGUUUGCAGAUCAAAACUCACUGCUAAACCGGUUAAAACCGGAUAUCCGGUUAGUGAUCACGUGGUGAUUGAUAUCACGGGAGAUUCGGAGACCGUUGAGGAGGCGAAAAGCCACCACCGACGGUCGAGUUCUGAGAUCGUCGGUAAGUUUCCGCGGUCGAAUUCCACCGGUCAUUCGAUGGGGAGACUCGGUGAUGGCACUGAGAGGUUUACUCUACGGUUGCCGGAGGAGGUGAGGAGGCGGAUACUGGCGGCGGAGAAAGGACGUAGGCUGAAGCGAGCGAGAAGCUUCGAUGCUGAUUUGAUGGAUAGCGGGUAUGUAGUCAGUCGGGUGGGAAAAUCGGAUCGGGGUUAAUUGGGUGGAUCGAUGGAGUUUGUUUGUUGCAAAGUCAUCUAACGGCGAUUCGUUGACAUGAUGAAACGUUAUAGUUUGCUUGCGUUAACCACGCUCUGGAGUGGUAAGUGGUGAGUAUUAUUUAUUUGAUACACGAAUGGUGGUGACUACUUAAAAUAUUCAUUUGUUGAUGAAUACCAUUGACUAUUUGUUUUGUACAUUAAAAGGGUCCAGCUUGUUUAGUGACUCGCUAAACAAGUUUUCUAGAUUAUGUAAGAGUGCUUAUAAUAUAUGAUUUAAUGAAG